CGCUCCUGCCGCAAAUCCCCACUUUCUUAUUCUUACCUGAGAAAUUGAGAAUCCACAAAUCCCCAAAAUCCCAGCGAAAGACGACGUGCGGAUCUGUUCGGACGUCUCCACCGGCCGCCGGCAAUGGCUGCUCCCAAUCCCGGCGGCAUCCCCAUCAAGGCAGAACAGGAUUCGGACGGAUCAGCCCAGAGCACUGCCGAUAUGACCGCUUUUGUGCAAAACCUUCUAGUGCAGAUGCAAACAAGGUUUCAAACUAUGUCAGAGAACAUCAUUUCAAAGAUAGAUGAAAUGGGUACAAGAAUUGAUGAAUUGGAGAUGAGCAUCAAUGACCUGAAGGCCGAGAUUGGUGCUGACGGUAUGACACCGACUAAGGUGAACGAUGAGGAACCGAAGGCAGCAGACAGCUCUUCUUGAGCCAAGCAGGCAGGUCAUGGCAGGCUUUGAUUCUAUGCCAACAUCUUCGGCGUUAACAAAGUGUCUGUCGGUUAUUAGCAUGGUUGUAUGCAUCUCAGAAAUACAGUAGCUGUUCUGGGAGCUCUCACUUGAUUCAUGAUGUUUGAUGAGUGCUCUGUUAAUUACCGAAAUGAUUCCAUCACUGUCGUCCUAUGGGUGCACCGGAGCGUGAUGAUAAUAGUAGUCUUUUUUUUUACAGUA